AUCUCCCUCUCGGCAGUCUCUCCUCUCUCGGCUCUCUCUCCAUUUCUCCUCCAAGUCUCUCAAAAACUCAUCACUAAACCCAAAACCCACAACAAUCAACCUCAACUCCAUCUUCUAUGUGUGUAUUCGGGCUCGUAUCGCGUUGGAUAAAGUUUGAUUGGGUGUAUUUUCGCUUAACUUGAAUUCCGAAAGCUAGGGUUCGAUCAAUCUCUUUGUUUUGGGCUUGGAUACUCGAGAAUGAUUGCUCCUGAAAAGUGUUAGUAAUGGAGUUGGAAGGGGGAAGUGGAUCUGCCCUGUCCCGAAACUCAUGUGCUUCUGUGCCCAGAGGUUUGUCCCGAAAAUCCCAGUGCCUCUGUGCCCAGCGAUUUUUUAACUCUCGGCACAUAGCACAUGGUUUUUGGCACAGCGGCUCUGGCAUCUGGAAGGGGGAGAGAAGUCAGCAACGUGGGAAUUGUGGGCCAAUGCUAGACGAUGACAAAUUUCCAAAUACUACUAUAAUGCUUUCGCCUUCACCAGAUUUUUGCUGUCAUGACUCGGGCCCAGACGUCCGCAAGACUUUCGUCGACCACCUCUAUGCGGCAUUGUGCCGCGCCGGAUUUCGCACCUUCAAAGACGAUGGGAUAGAAAAAGGAGAGGAUAUCGGGCUUGAGCUCGGGAGAGCGAUUCAAGAGUCGAGGGUCUCGAUAAUUGUCUUCUCAAAGAACUAUGCGUCGUCGGCUUGGUGCCUUAACGAGCUCCUGAUGAUCCUGGAAUGUAGGAGAGCUUACGGGCAUGCAGUUGUGCCUGUCUUCUAUGACGUGGAACCGUGUGAAGUGAAGAAGCAAACCAGCAGUUUCGAAGAAGCGUUUGCAGUUCAUGAAGAGAGAAUCAAAUCAGAAACAGGUGAACGGAAAGAGGCAUUGAUGGGCCAGGUAGGAAGGUGGAGGCCUGCGCUUAAAGAAGUUGGAGGCCUGUUUGGGAUGCAUUUGCAAAAUCAAGCUAAUGGAUACGAGGCGAAGUUUAUCGAGGAAAUUACGAAAGAGGUUGGAGACAAACUACGUCACCUGGUCUUGGACUUUGCCCCGGACCUGGUGGGACUGCAUUCACCAGUCGAAAGCAAUCAGCUUUGGUUAGAAGAAGAUGGGCCAACUGAUUAUGGCUUAGCUCCAAUUUGUGGAUUAGAUGUUUUGAAGACAAGACAAGUAAAACUAAACAGUAUUGCUGAAGAAACUGCUAAGAUUAAAGGAUAUAGUUAUCAGUAUUCAGUGGUGAAAUACCGUAUUUUGGCUUUACAAGUGGAGUUGAUGAUUCUCUUCAGCAGCCCUUUGAAUUCCUGGAAACCUUCUUCUGGGCUUGUCAAGAUCGAUUGUGAUGUGUCUCCCUCGGAUGUGUUGCUUAAGAUACUUGCUUUGGAUGUUCAAUCUGUCUUUGUAGCCUCUGGGCAAGUUUCCCUCCACAGAUUCACGACAAAUUCACUGUUUCCGGCAUCUCCAACCUACAAUCCAGAGCUCUAGACCAUUUUCAAUUUGAACCUCUCCAUGAUUCUGCUGUUUGUUUUCGCCGAUUUUGCAUUGAUUGAGCUCUAGACCAUUCGUGGCUCAGAGCCGCAGAAGAUCGAAGGGCAACGCUUGUUGUUGGUGAGAACUCAGAGAAGCAGCCACUUUUGCAGUCACCAGACGUGAAGUUUCUGACUAUUGAACUGAUUUCCACGGUCACAUUCUUUUUUCAACCAAACUACUUCAGCUUUACUGGAGGACAAAUAUGUCUUCUUGUCGGCACUGACCACUUCUAAUGGACAAGGAUCUCAAGUGCAGAGGACGCAGUUAGGGGCCAAGGUAGUUGAUUUCUAGGCUCAAAAGUGACUCUCCUCGAGUGAAACUCCUAAACCAAUUGAUACCUCAUCAGAAUUUAGUAGCAGAAACAUCACAACCCGAUGUGGUACUUGAUAAAGAUGGGGAUGGUUUGACAAUUGACAGGGAUGGUAUCGUUCCCAGCAAUUCAAACGCCCGAACUAGCAAUGAGCAGUAACUGAAUGUUGAGAAUGAUGGGUCCAUGCCAAGCUCUUCUACAUCUGAGGCAAUGAGGUGAAAGGCAGGGCUGUUCUCUAGGAACUUCCGGUUAUUGUUCCCAAUGUAGAAAGCAAUUGCAUCAAUUUCAAACGGUGAGCUUGUCAAUGAGGACUCUUCAGAUGUUCUUGAGUGGGUUUCUUCCUCACAACUUGCUGUCAAAGGAGUUGAGAUACAACUCUGAAAGAUGCUGAUCUCAUCUGAUUCCUAUAAAAAAUAGCAACAAGAGCACAAAGCUGAUACUUGUUUGAUGUACGAGAUCAACUUGAAAAGGAUCAAGGUCUGCUUAAGACAGCAAUUUCUACUGGUCAGUCAAAAGAGGCAAGGUUAGCUCGGGUUUGUGCUGGACUCUCGUCAUGUCCUGAAGCAUACAAAUAUGAAAAUGAGGAAUUACGAGAGCGUCUCAUUGCGGAGGUGAAACACAUUUAGUUUUUUCCUAAUAUUAUUCCCAAAUGAAGUUCUAACUUUCAUGUGUAAUAGGUUUGCAGUGGAGGAUAGUCUUCUUCAGUAACUUAUUACAACAGGGAA